GCUUCGCCCGUCACACCAUGUGCUGUUGCCGAUAUAUUGCAAAAGAGCAUGUCUAGAAGCACAGAUAAUAUAUUCACUGAAAAAAAAAAGGCAUUAGCUGCUCACACAGCAGCGUUACAGCGAACAGAAUCCUUUUUUUUUGGCCGCUGAUACAUCCUCUGUUUUCUUUCUCCUUCGCAGGUGAGCAUCAGAAACAAGAAAAUGGACUCCCUCUUCGAAGUACUGCGGAUCUCCACGGACAGCAGCGCGCGUAAGGCCGCCGCUGCCCAGCUGCGCCAGCUGCAGUCUCAGCAGCCAGAUGCGUUCCUCCAGCACACGUACGACGGCAUCGCCUCCCCGCAGCUGAAGCCCGAACUGCGCUUCUUCCUCUGCACAUUGGUCAUCGCCUUUCUUGAUGAGUCGUGGCACGGCUGCGUCUCACCUGCGUCACAGGAGCGAUUCAUUUCUCUCUACGUGGAGCUGGUGGUGGCGCCAUCUUGUCCGUCCGUCUUACUCGCACGGAAGGUGAGCGCCAUCGUCGCGGUGAUGGCCAGACGCGGCUCCCGGAAGGCGCAGGUGGGCGGGAUGCCGCAGCUGAUUCAUCACGUCGUCACGCGCUACGUCGCAGAGAUGGAGAGCGCCGCCCGAUCGCAGGCCUACGAUCGCGUCUGUUCCCUUCUCCUCUCGACUCACGUUUUGUUGAAGGAGAUGCAGGGCAGUCGCGUCGGGCAUGUAUUUGAAGAUGUGUGUCAGGCCAUGGUGGCGGCCCUCUCCGGUGUCUUUGCGUUGCUGCCGGAUGCGGCGGCGAUGCUGGCGCACUACGACGUGUGUCUGUACCUACUGAAGUGCAGCCUGCGCGUUUUUGGACGGGCCGUAUUCGACGCAGCUUUCUGCCGUUUUUUGUUGAACACCACGUGGCGAUUGGCGGAGGGCCUCGGCCAAACGGUGGCGAGUCCGUCGCAAGCCAAUCAGCGGCUGCGUUUGCUAGAGUACGCGCUGAAGAUCAUGGAGGCCACUGUCGUGUACUUCCCAAGUCGCCUGCAGGAACUCGGUGACGCCUUUUUCUUUGCGGAGGCCACCGCUGUGGAAAGGUUGACCGGUGCCGCGUCUUGUGCGUCUCCCGCAGCGGACGCAUCAGCGGCGGCGACGGACGCGGCUGUCACACCACCACCACCACCGCCGCCGCUGUCGCUUUUCACACUCCUCGUUGCGGUUGUCCGCAGCCCUGUAGACGAGGUCGUGUCGGAGAAGGCGGUGUGCCGGGCCCUGCGCCUCUUUACCGCCCUCUUGAGUGCCGAAGACGGCGACGCCUUCAUCGCGCGCUGCCUGCACAAUUUCGCCACGUCCUCGUCCUCGUUCCCCCCGUUUUUGCAGUACGUUGUGUCGACGUACCUGGCGGAUGGUACGUCGGCCGACGCGCUCGCGGGGUGGUCCUCGCAGCCGGAGCGGGUCGCGGCGGAGUUGGACGUCGACAUGGAUGAUGAAGCGUCAAUGAUGAGCUGUGCGGAGCAGCUCUUUCUUGCCUUGACAGGCUCCACGAACGGCGCCGCGCCGGUGCUGACCGUAGCGUGGGCGGUGGUGAACCAACUUCUCCAGGAGGGCGACGAAGGUGCGGUUACGGCGGCCCUGCACGCCAUCGGCAUCGGCUACUACACCAUGAACGCGCAAGACAACGCGUCGUACCUCGGCUUCCUGCGGGACAAGCUACUGCCACUGCUGCGGCCCGACGUCCUUGCGCACGCCUCGCCGUUCAUCGCGCGCCGAGUGGUGUGGCUGGUGGGCAUGUGGUGUGAGUCGGUGACGGACCUCCGCGACCGCCAUGCGGUGUUGGCGGCGCUGGAGGCGGUGCUGCAGCACGCCGUGCGUACCCAGAACGUCGUGCUCGUGCUCGUGUCGCUAAAAUCGACGGAGAACUUCAUCUCGGACAACCACUUCACGCUGCCCGACAUGCCAGCGACGCUCGUGACGACGGUGCUGCAGACGGUGCAGAUGCUGCUGACGGCCGUGCAGAGCCCAACGACCAUUAAGGAGCUGGCGGGUCUCGUGCACGUGCUGACAGAGAAAAAGGCGUUGCUGGCACACGGGGAGACGCUACUGCAGCUCUUCGUCCCCCCCACGCAGGCCAUUAUUGAGUCGUACGGGGCCCAGGCAGCGAAGGCAAACGCUGCUGGGUCGACGGGCGCCUACGGGGGCCACUUCGACAGCGACAAUGACGCGGAUGAGGACGGCGAUGACUCCCUUGGAUCCUUAGCCAUGCUGCUCGACUGCCUGGGCAGCAGCGUGCGUCAGUGCAGCAGCGACGCCGUCAUUUGGUCUCUCUUUCCCACCAUUGUGCUGCCCUGCACCGCGCCCACCAGCGCCGCCACCGCGUGGGCAGAGGACAACGCGUGGGAGUUGUUCUUGACGAUGGCGCAGUCCUCGUCGAGCUUCGAUCACGCGGCGGCGGCGCAGGCGCUGCCCAUUGCUCUGCAGCACACCCAUCGCGACUUUGGCAUGCUGCCGCUCGUGUUUCGGGUCGUGUACAGCCUGCUGCUACUUCGGCAGGCUACCGUCGAAGCACUCAUCGCUGCAACCGAUAUCGAUGCAUGGGUGAGCGUCGUGCGCAACAGCCCCUCGGCAGAGCUCUGUGGUGCGGUGACGGCGGUGCUGACGGCGGUGGCCCGCAUGAGCGGGGGCCCAUUGCAGGCGGCGCUGUCGCGUCACGCGGUGCAGGCGCUGCUGACUUCGGCUGACGUCCAAGCGGAACAGCACACGAUCCCCUUGGCGGUGGCGCUGGCGCUCUGUCUCGCCUCGGCCCACUCCAGCGAAGGGCAGCAGCGGUUGCUGGCGGAGGUGCACGCCGCCGUGCGCAUGGUUGGCGGACCGCAGGCGAGCGUCUCCGCCCUGCUGGAACCGCUGGUGCUUCUGCUGGAUGUCUCGCCGAGUGUGUUGGUGAGCCGGGUUGUGGUGCACCUUUUGAAUACGCUGAGCAAGACCGCACCCCACGCGCUCUCAACGGAGGAUCAGGCGAUGGUGCAGCGCGCGUUGGAGAGCGUGGCGGUGUCCGUGGGCGGGACAGGAAACGAGCCGAGUUGGUCAGGCGAGGAGUCCGGCGAGACACGCCCACCGCAGGAGAUGCUGCUGGAAUGGCUCGGAGACGAGGACUUGCCCGCCACCUCGCCGCACGUGGCCCGUGUAAUGAGCGUCUUCGCUGUUUUUCUGUCUUGA